AACGUGCCACAGUAUGACAGCCCUGGGGCACACAUUCCAAAUGGCAGUUUUGUGUUAAUUAAAUUAAUUAUUGCUCAUUACCUCAGGGAAACCGUCCCGUGAUAUUGUUUUAAUGUAUUUUAUAAUUUAAAUCGACUGUGGUAGUACACUUAAGUAAAUUGAUUUGUGAUAAUGUACUAGGUGGUUUAGUUCAGUUACCAGGAAAAGAAAAAACAAAAAAGAUAAUUUAUAAUUUGCCUUGAUAAAUAACUCAUAAAUUCUCUAGUUAUGUCUUGUGUGAUUUAAAGCAUUUAUAAUUUUAAAAAUAACAAAGAAAUUUAAAAAAAGAUGGCUCGUAUUGCUUUUGUUGCAAUUUUUCUAGCAUGCUUUCAGCAUCCGUUCGCUUUGCCAUCCGGUCCGAAUAGGAACAAGCUGGUCGUAGUGUCUUUCGAUGGGUUCCGGUUUGACUUUUUGGACAGGAAUAUAACGCCUAAUAUUAACCGUGUGGUCAGCAAGUCGACGGUUGCCCAGGUGGUCAUUAAUGUUUUCCCGACCCAGACGUUUCCGAACCAUUUUUCAAUAUCCACCGGCUUGUACGCUGAGAACCACGGAGUCCUCCAGAGCAAAGUGUACGAUGCUGAGCGAAAGAAAGUCCUCACGUACGGAUACGACUUGUGGCACUACGACGACUCCAUUGUACCAAUUUGGAUAUUAAAUGAAAAGCUUGGUGGUGUGAGUGGAGUUAGUAUGUGGCCUGGGUCAGAUUUUUCUUACAACAAUACAAAGCCAACCCACUUCCUUCUGUACAAUACUAGUACACCGUUUAAAGAAAGAGUCGAUGUUGGUAUAUCAUGGAUGACAGACAAAAGAAAUCCAGCCAACCUGGUUUUACUUUAUUUCGAAGAGCCGGACAGACAUGAACAUGCGUACGGGCCUAAUGCCACUCAAACCAAUGCACAGAUUCGACGCGUUGACGAUGUUGCCGGGUACCUUAUGAAAAAGUUAAAACAAAACGGCCUCGGCGACACAAAUGUGAUAUUCCUCAGCGAUCACGGGAUGGAAAGUGUGGCUAAAAACAAUAUUAUUAAUUUGAAUGAUUUUGUGGGCUCGAAUGCAAAAAUGUACGGAUCAUCGCCAGUCCUCCAGGUCUAUCCAGUUGUUGGUAAAGAAGACGAAGUAUUUAAUGUCUUAGAUAAAAAAUCAAAAGAACUGAAAAACUUCAAAGUGUACAAAAGAAAUGACAUUCCGGAUUCGUUUCACUAUAAAAAAUGUAGGCGAGCUCCACCAAUCCUAGCUCUUGCUGAGCCAAAAUACGCUUUUCAGGAUUUGUACGAAAACAUAAAAUGGUAUAUAGAAUAUUUCAAUGUGACAGGAGAUGGACCAUUUGGUGUGCAUGGAUACGAUCCAGAAACAAUUAAGAUGCAUCCCUACUUUUUAGCGAUAGGUCCAAUGUUCAAAGAGAAUUUCAGAGCACCGAAGAUUUUUACAGUGGAUCUGUUUUUACUGUUCGCUCGAAUCCUGAAUUUAGACACAUCAGGGAUAAAGCAGGAUGGAUCGUUUGAUAGGAUAGAAUCAAUUGUUAAUUCAGGGGCACUCAAGCUUCAGAAUUUUGCCCUGGUGACUAUUGCAGUUGGGAUUUUGCUCCUGCUCGGAAUUAUUGGAAUGGUUUUAGGAAUCAUUUAUGUUAAAAAAUAUCUGGUUGUUAGCGACAAUUCUGACUACAUCAAACUUAACGUAGAUGAUGAUGAAUUGUAACAGUCAAAAGUAUUUUUCUAGUUAAAUUCCAAAAAUGUCCACUUUUGUUAAACUGACUGCCAUGUAGGAGCAACAUUUAGUGAUAAUUUUUUCCAAAAAGAUGCAAUUGUGCAUAGAAAGCUUCACGUAGUGAGAAAUGUUCUAUCUGUGAUAAUAAACUGAUUCAAUAAUAAAAUGAAAAACAUUGUUGAAACAGGUGAUUACGUUUUUAUAGGAACUUAAUAAAAAUUAAAAUGUAUUAUGUAUCGGGGAGAAAAAUUCCAAAAUUGUCAAGCUUUUGGUCUAUUUAAUGUCUUCAUCAGGACUACAAUCUAUAACUUAAAU